AUCUUUCCGUGCAUCUCUGAUCUCCGACUCCCAUACCACCGGUUUCUGAAUCCCCUCAGCCCGUUUACCGUUGGGCCCUAUCUCUCCCUCCGUCGCGCGCGGCCAUCCUUGUGGCUAUGACCUCCAUCACCUCCACCGACUUAAACUACCUCGUCUUUCGUUAUCUUCAAGAGUCUGGUUUUAUACAUUCAGCUUUUACUUUAGGAUAUGAGGCAGGUAUUAACAAAAGUACUAUUGAUGGAAAUUUGAUUCCACCUGGUGCUCUCAUUACGUUUGUUCAAAAAGGGCUGCAGUACUUGGAGAUGGAAGCAAACUCAAGUAAUGUUAGCGGGGAUGCAGAUACAGAUGAAGAUUUCUCAUUCUUGCAACCUUUGGACCUAAUAACAAAGGAUGUUUAUGAACUGAGACAAAUGAUAAAAGAGAGAAGGAAAAAUAUUCAAAAAGAUAGAGAUAAAGAUAAGGAAAAGGAUAAAGAAUUUGACAGGGAAAAUGAUGGUGAGCGUGAGCAAGGGCGAGUGAGAGAAAAAGAAAGACAUGAAAGGGAUAAGGAGCGUGAAAAGGAUAAAGUAAAGGUAGAAAGAGAAAAGGAGCAGGAAAAGCAGCGUGAAGAACAUGCUGAUGCAGAAAUGGUUAUGGAGCAAGAGGAUAAGGACAACAUUAAACAAGAAGAAAAUGGAACUUCAGGAGGGCCAGAACCAAUGGAUAUUGUGACAGCCUCUACCUCAACAUCUCAGCCUUCUCAAAUUCCUAGUUCUGAUGUGACAAUUCUGGAAGGACAUACUUCUGAGGUUUGUGCUUGUGCAUGGAGUCCAACUGGUUCACUUCUUGCGUCGGGGUCUGGAGAUUCAACUGCUCGUAUUUGGACAAUAGCUGAAGGGCCUUGUAAACCAGGUGCUCAGAAUGGCCCAUUAAAUGUUUUGGUGCUGAAGCACGUGAAAGGAAGAACAAAUGAGAAGAGCAAAGAUGUAACAACACUUGAUUGGAAUGGAGAGGGAACAUUGCUUGCAACAGGUUCUUAUGAUGGACAAGCAAGAAUCUGGACUACAAAUGGUGAAUUAAAGAGUACUUUGAGUAAACACAAAGGACCAAUAUUCUCUUUAAAGUGGAACAAGAAGGGUGACUAUCUUCUUACUGGAAGCUGUGAUAAAACUGCAAUUGUGUGGGAUGUAAAAGCAGAGGAAUGCGAGCAACAGUUUGAAUUUCAUUCAGGUCCAACCCUUGAUGUUGAUUGGCGCAGCAAUGUCUCAUUUGCAACAAGCUCUACAGACAACAUGAUAUAUGUGUGCAAGAUCGGAGAAAAUCGCCCUAUUAAAACUUUUGUAGGGCAUAAGGGGGAAGUAAACUGUGUCAAAUGGGAUCCAACUGGUUCAUUGUUGGCCUCUUGCUCUGAUGAUAUUACUGCAAAGAUAUGGAACGUGAAGCAGGAUAAUUAUGUUCAUGACCUGCGGCAGCAUUGUAAGGAAAUAUAUACCAUCAGAUGGAGUCCUACAGGACCUGGGACAAACAAUCCCAACCAGCAGUUAAUUCUUGCAAGUGCAUCAUUUGACUCCACAGUGAAGCUGUGGGAUGUGGAACAAGGAAAGCUUCUCCACAGCUUAAAUGGACACAGGGAUCCUGUGUAUUCUGUUGCAUUUAGCCCAAAUGGAGAGUAUCUGGCCAGUGGAUCCCUUGAUAGAUCCAUGCAUAUCUGGUCGUUAAAGGAAGGAAAGAUUGUAAAGACAUAUACGGGCAAUGGGGGUAUAUUUGAAGUAUGCUGGAACAAGGAAGGCGACAAAAUUGCUGCCUGUUUCGCCAACAACACAGUAUGUGUCUUGGACUUCAGAAUGUAAAACUUGACAACGUCGGACUGAAACCAUGCUGAUGGAAGUGCAAACCUAGACGCUUGGUCUUAAAAAUUCAUGCAAUUUAUAUUUUGAUUGGAAUGGGAAAACUAUAGCACAGCUAGGUAGGCAGAAUUGUAGCAUUGAUGUUGGAAUUGCUUUCUGAAUUUGAUUUUUUCUUUUUUAAGAUAUAGCUUUUGCGGAACAGUCAGCAAAGCAUCCGCUCUCUAUCAGCCGCCUUUUCAACAAAUAUUGUACAGUAUAUUUACUUUGUUUGAUGCAACAUCUUUUCUGGUGCAUGAAGUGUUCAAGCCUGAGCAAAGAUUAAUCUUGUA